UUUUUAGAGCAAACGUUUAAACUUAAGGUGUCAAGUGAACCAACAAUGUUUUUUAAACCCAGUAAGGAUACUUUUGCUUUAAUUUGUAAUUUUGGGCAUAGUGACGCCUGGCCGUAUUUAUUUACCCAGAAGUAGAGAAUCUCAGUGGUUGAGAAAGUAGUGACGUCACAUCCAUCCAUAGUAUGCAAGUGUUUUGGGUGCAGGAAAGACCCUUGCUGUACUCCAGAAACGUUUACUUUUCGCAUCCGAAGGAGAAUUUCCAACUUGUGUCUUUCAUCACCCCAACUUGCAUUUUCAAGCUUUUCAGAGAAACAGCAAUAGAAUUUGUUAUCGCUUAUUAAAGGACACCACCAACAUUUGUAUUGAAAGACGGACUCAUGAGGCAGGACAGGAUUGAUAUUCUUUCAUAGAAAAGGUGUCAAAGUGUAUCAAGGUUAAGUCCUGGGUGAGAUGGCCAUGCAGCUACAGUGCCACGGGACAGUCUUGUUGGCUGUGGCCUUUUUUUUUCUGCCUUGCAUCAUUUCCUCCCUGAACCUGGAAGAUCCAAAUGUCUGCAGCCACUGGGAGAGAUAUUCAGUGACAGUUCAAGAGUCCUAUGCCCAUCCUUUUGACCAGAUUUAUUACACCAGCUGCACAGACAUCCUCAACUGGUUCAAGUGUACCAGACACAGGGUAAGCUACCGGACUGCGUAUCGCAGAGGAGAAAAGACUAUGUAUCGUAGGAAAUCACAGUGCUGUCCAGGCUUCUUUGAAAAUGGAGAAAUUUGUGUUCCUCAUUGUUCAGAGAGCUGUGUUCAUGGUCGUUGUGUGGCCCCCAACACCUGCCAGUGUGAGCCUGGAUGGGGGGGGUCCAAUUGCUCCAGCACUUGUGACAGUGGCCACUGGGGUCCCCACUGCAGUAACAGAUGUCAGUGCCAGAACAAAGCUCUAUGUAACCCCAUUACUGGAGCCUGUAUCUGCACUCCUGGAUACAAGGGAUGGCGUUGUGAGGAAGUGUGUGAGGUGGGCACCUAUGGUAAUGGUUGCCAGCAGAAAUGCCAGUGCCGAAAUGGGGCUAAUUGUCAACAUGUGACUGGAGAAUGCAAGUGCUCACCAGGAUACACUGGACCUUUUUGUGAGGAUGUAUGUCCUCCGGGUAAACAUGGACAGCACUGUGAAGAAAGGUGUCCCUGCCAGAACGGCGGCAUAUGUCACCAUGUGAGUGGAGAGUGCUCUUGUCCGGCAGGAUGGAUGGGUACAGUAUGUGGACAACCAUGUCCAGAAGGAAGAUUUGGUCCAAACUGUUCCCAGGAAUGCCAAUGCCACAACAAUGCCUUAUGUAGUUCAUCCACUGGACAGUGUCUCUGCAGCCCCGGAUACAUGGGAGAACGGUGUCAGGAUGAAUGUCCAGUUGGUACUUAUGGUGCUGGCUGUACAAAGAGAUGUCGCUGUAAAAACAACAGCAAAUGCUACCAUAACUAUGGAAAUUGCUUGUGUGAGCCAGGCUACACAGGCGAGUUGUGUGAUGUUCAACUGUGUCCCAAACUAAACUAUGGCCUACUGUGUGAUAGGAAGUGUCCAUGCAACGCCCAGAAUACGCAGAGCUGCCAUCCAAUGUCUGGGGAAUGUACGUGUUUGUCAGGUUGGUCUGGACUCUACUGCAAUGAGACGUGUACCCCAGGAUUCUAUGGAGAGUCCUGUCAGCAGGUGUGCCAGUGCCAGAAUGGUGCAGAUUGCCACAGUGUAACAGGAAGAUGUAUUUGUGCUCCAGGCUUCUUGGGUUUAGACUGUUCAGUCCCGUGCCCAGCAGGCUCUCAUGGCGUGAAUUGCUCCUCCGUAUGUAAUUGCAAAAAUGGAGCUCAGUGUUCACCUGCGGAUGGAUCCUGCUUCUGUAAACCAGGGUGGCAUGGAGUAGAUUGUUCCAUCAACUGCCCGAGCGGUACGUGGGGUCUUGGCUGUAACAUGACCUGUCUGUGUGGGAAUGAAGGCACUUGUGAUGCAGUGACUGGUCACUGUACUUGUGCUGCAGGUUGGAGAGGAAUUAAAUGUGACCUGCAAUGCCAGGAUGGUACCUACGGCCUUGACUGUAAAGAGCGCUGUGAUUGUAGUCAUGCUGACGGAUGUCAUCACGCCACUGGGUACUGCCACUGCCUGGCUGGAUGGACUGGUAUCCACUGUGACAGCGUAUGUGCAGAGGGCCACUGGGGCCCAAACUGCUCCCUAGCCUGCAACUGUAAGAACGGGGCCUCCUGCUCUCCUGAUGAAGGGACAUGUGAGUGUGCACCAGGAUACAGAGGCAGCACCUGUCAGAGAACGUGUCCUCCUGGUUCAUAUGGUUAUGGCUGCCGGCAGUUGUGUGACUGUCUCAAUAACUCCACCUGUGAUCACAUCACUGGUACAUGCUACUGUCACGACGGCUGGAAGGGAGCCCGCUGUGACCAAGCUGGUGUUGUCGUUGACAGCCUCAACACCUUCACCAGUGCUGCAGUGCAGGUGGACACCUAUCAAAUUGAAGCCAUUGCAGGAAUUAUUGUGCUGGUCCUCCUUGUGCUCUUUCUCCUUCUCCUCUUCAUCAUCUAUAAGAAAAAGCAGAAAGGAAAAGAACCUCCAAUGCCAGUAGUGACAUACACUCCUGCCAUGAGGGUGACCACUGACUAUACCACCACAGAAGCUAAUCUACCACGUGAUGUGCACCCCAGUAACUACUUCUCCAAUCCCAGCUACCACACUUUGACCCAGUACACUACCCCACAACAUAACUCUCCAUAUGGAAAAAACAACAUAUUUAUGAAGUUGAAGAAUGUGGAAGGACGAAAGAGAUAUGCUCUUGCUGAUGCCACUGGCACAUUGCCGGCCGGCUGGAAACAAAGGGACUACUACUUCAAUGAACUUGGAGUUUGCGGAGUUGACAGUAGAUGCAUGGGGAAGUCUUUGCGAGACCUGGUGAAAGAAGGCAUACCAUAUCAUGGAAGCUCCAGCUCCCUGAACAGUUCUGAAAACCCCUACGCCACUAUCAAGGACCCUCCAAUACUGACAACAAAAAACACUGAAUGUGGCUAUGUGGAAAUGAAGUCACCUGCCAGACGGGAUUCACCCUACGCCGAAAUCUCUAGUAGCAGCAGUCUGACCAAUAACAAGAAUGUCUAUGAAAUUGAGCCAACUUUUAGCACUGUUCAUGGCACUGGACAAAGUAGCGACUGCAUGCAGCCAGGCCAGAACCCAUAUGAUCUACCAAAAAACAGCCACAUUCCUUGUCACUAUGAUGUACUACCAACCCGAGAAAGUCCAACGUCAGACCCAAAGGAGCUGGAGAGUGACUGACAAGAGAGAUUCACGGGAGUAAUAAGUUUUGUACCUCCACAAGUGGAAGCAUCAAAAGUUUGCAUUCUUUAAUUUUUGUCAUAUUGUGUUUUCACGCGUUUGUUUUAUAAUAUCUGUAAACAUAGUGGGUAUACAAAACAUAAUUUUACAGUUUUUAUUUUCAACUGAAAUCAUCAAGUAAGUCGAAUGAAAUAAUUGUAUAUGUUUAAUAUGUAGCACCUCAGACUAUUUUAUAAAAUUGUGUUUCCUGCCGGACACGUCUGUCUAAUAGUUGAGAAGUUGCGGUUCACAUUCUGAAUACACAUUAUACUUUAAUUCAGUGAUUCCCAACCGCGUUGCUGUAGCUUAUAGUACUUACUGUAUGUGUCGUGAAAGCUCAUCAUCAGUACUGCAGGAAAUUUUAAAAUGUUGCAUUUGUCCAAAAAUUGUUAACUCCAAAUUUAUCAUAACAGUGACACUCAUAACAAUUCAACACUUUUCUAUUAGAUUGCAGAAGUUAGCCACUUGCUGUGCCUUUCAUACAACAGAAUAUGUAAUGGCUUCCUGCAAGUAUAUUAGGUUUGUUUACUAUUAGACAGACACAGAUUUCACACUAAACUAAGUAAAUCUAGGAGUAAAUUGAGACAAGAUCAUCAUUAUUUUUGCAUGUUUUGUGAUAUUUGGUUUGUUUGUGCGAUAUGAGAAUUUUGGAAUGGAUAAAAAUGGGUACCUUGGCUCAGUAAAGGUUGGGAAACACUGACUAAAUUGAAUAAAAUAAAUUCAGCUAUAUAAAGAGCGAGAGUUGUUUUCUUCCUAUUAGUUUCAAUUCACAGUUUAAUUAGCAGUUUCAAUCAGCAAAUAACAAAAUGCGUAUUACAGGUAAUAUUUUAUUUCACAACACUUUGCCUUGUUCCUUUCGUCUCUGCUGUUCACUUCAAACACGCUCCAUACGAACGCAAUGCUCUCGUAUCAGACGCUUG